UCCUACAUCCCGUGCCUCAUACUUGUUCAGCCGAUCACCGAAUCCAAUAAAUCGAUCAGCAAUCUCCAUCUUCCUCACGACCACACCCGGUCAGCAACAACUCGCUUCGGAAAUCACACACACACACACAUCUAAGCCGUCAUGACUUCCAUAGGAACGGGUUACGACCUCUCCAACUCCGUCUUCUCGCCCGACGGCCGGAACUUUCAGGUCGAAUACGCAGUCAAGGCGGUCGAGAAUGGUGGCACCGCGGUCGGCAUCCGAUGCAAGGACGGCGUCGUGUUGGCCUUGGAGAAGAUCGUCUCCAGCAAGCUACUCAAGAAGGAUGCGAACAAGAGGAUAGCGACCGUGGACCGGAACAUCGGUGUGGUCUACUCGGGUCUCGUCCCCGACGGUCGCCACUUUGUCACCCGCGCACGAGACGAGGCCUCGAGCUGGCGGGGCACAUACAAGGCGCCCAUCCCCGCCGCCUCGUUGGCCAACCGCAUGGGCGCCUACGUCCAAGCCUACACACUGUACUCCUCGGUGCGGCCCUUCGGGAUCACCGCGAUCGUGGGAGGCUUCGACGCCGAGGUCGAGCUGGGUGUCGACGGUGCAGUGGGGAGCGGACCGUCCAUCGGCGCAGGCGGAAAGACCAAGGGGGUCAAGGAAGGCGGACCGUACCUGUACAUGAUCGAGCCCUCGGGGCUGUACUGGGGGUACUACGGCGCCGCGACCGGCAAGGGCCGACAGACGGCCAAGGCCGAGCUGGAGAAGCUCAAGUUGGACCCCAAGGACGGCGAGUGCAUCUCCCUCGAGCAGGGCGUCAAGGAGGCGGCCCGCAUCAUCUACGUGGCCCACGAGGACAGCAAGGACAAGGACUUCGAGCUGGAGCUCACCUGGAUCAGCGGCGUCAACGGCCCGACCAAGGGGCGACACGAGGAGGUCCCCAAGGCGUUGAAGGAAGAGGCGGAGCGGCUGGCGAAGGAGGCGCUGGAAUUGGAGGAUUAG